GAGGACUCGCUUCCUCUGCAAUUCUUAGAGUGAGAGAGAGAAAAAGAGAAUUCUAGAGAGAGAGAGAAUUUGUAGAAAGAGAGACGAUGAGGCCGACGACGAUUGACUACUUCGGCGACAUGGACGAGCAAGGUUCGACGAUGGCGAUGGACGUGGACGACGUGGAUCCUCUGGAGAUUCUGGGCGAUAGCAUCAUCGCUGACAACAAGAUCGCCGACGCCGGGUUCUUCAACUCCUUCGAGGAUGAUUUCGACGAUUCCGAUAUCAAUUGAACCCUCUUCUUCCUUGUCAUCUUCGUUUAUCAUCAAUUUCCAUUCCUUUCUUUUCUGUUCUUUUCUAGAAUUCUAGGGUUUAUCUUCUGUGAUCGGCCCCAAAUCGUCACAAAAGGGGCUUUACUUUAUAAUUGAAGGGAAAAAUGUUGCUUUGAUUUUGUUCUAAUGCAUAUCUUCUUCAAUUGAAUUUUCUUAUUGUUAUUAUCUGAUUAUGAUUACUGUUUAGUGUUUCUUUGAAAAAACAAAAA